AUGGAUAAAACACCUAUCAUCCAUGCAUAUAGACAUCUUUACCGUGAGCUCCUCCGGGCAGUCCAAUUCGCACCGCCACACAGGUACACCGUCCGCGACCAGCUGAGGGCGUCGUUUCGCGACAAGAGCGCGGCGUGGGACCCGGAAGUGUCCAAGAGGACACUCUGGUUUAUACAGGCGGCUCGCAGAGAGGCCGGUAUCGAGCACAAAGUCCUCAAGAACCUCGUUCGCGUGGCGUAUGAGAGGCAGCAUAUGGAUACGUGGAAGGUCAGCUACCGCAAGGACUCGGAAUCUCGGAGCAAGGACGUCAUCCAAGAGGCCAACAACAUGAAGGCUACAGCGUAUAAUCACUAUGACAUGACGAUAAACAUGCUGAACAAGUCGAUGGGCAUUCGACUGAGAUGA